AUGCGAAAAUCAUAGAAAACAGGGUCUCAGUAGCAUAUUAAAAAUAUAUUGACACCUUUGAUAACCUAAUAAAAUUCAGGUAGUCCAGACUAGUCUUUAGGAAAUAGAGCACCAUACAAAAUGGGACGGAGAUCAUCAUUGAUUGAAUUGCAUAGAGUUGAAAGUGAAUCAAUAAAAUUACGACCACAAAGAGUGUUGUAAGUAGUUAAGGAUGCUAAGAAACAACUUCUGUCUCAAUAGAAUCCUAGACCUGAGAAAAAAGUAAAACCUAGAGUAGAGACAUCGGAAUGCUAAUAUAGAGGAUUAGAUUUUACUUUUGCCUAGAACUUUUCAAAUAAGUAGAUAAUUUUGAAAGAAUUCUCAACUAAUGGACUUAGAAAAAGAUUCUUUGUUUGA